AUGCAAGACAUCUGGAACAUGGAUGAAACUGGCUGCUUUUACCGCGCACUUCCGGAUAAGAGCCUUUCGGAGAAAGCAAAGAAAUGCAAAGGAGGCAAGAAGUCAAAAGAGCGGUUAACUGUUGCUUUCUUCGUUUCUGCUACUGGGGAAAGGAGAAAACCAGUUGUAAUCGGAAAGUAUGCGAAUCCAAGGUGCCUGAAGAAUUUAUAG